UUCAAGAACCCAUAUGAAGAACAAGAACACAAACACAAAGCCAACACAAAAAAAAUAAAACUCAACCAAAAAAAAACAAAGAAACUUCGAAAAACAAAUGGGGAAAGGAGGAAAUUUUGUGACGGUAGCGGCUUCUGAGGUGGAGGAGCUACGACGGAAGAACGGAGAGAUGGAAAGAGCGGUGGAGGAAAUGAGGAAAGAGAUGUUGCAGCUGUGGCGGCGGACGCAGGUGGCUGAGGAGGCCGAGGAGCGUCUCUGCUCUCAGCUUGCCGAGCUCGAAGCCGAAUCGCUCGACCAGGCGCGUGAUUACCAAUCUCGCAUCCUCUUCCUCGUGAACGAACUCUCUCGUCUCUCUUCCUCCGAUUUAGCCUCGCCCUAGAUUGAUAGACACAUAUGUAUGUGUAAGGAUAGAUUCUUAGACUGAUAUGCAUUUAUCUUAAUUUACAAUAUUGGCUCAUAUCAGUGCCAAUCUGUAGAGUUUUUCGUUUUUUUUUCUUAUUGUUUAUAGAUCUCAAAUUUCUGCUUGGAAAUUUUAGUGUAAACAAAAAUCCAUGUUAUAAAAAAAAAGGUAAUGAAAGUCUUUGAAAAUUAAA